CGCUCCACUUCCAGCCCCGUUCAAUGAAGCAGCACAGAUCCGCGGCGGCUCCGAGCGCGGUUUGGCAGGACGCGAAGGAGGUGGCGGUGCUGCUGCUGCUACUGCUGCUGGAAGAGGAGGAGGAGGAGGAGGAAGAGGAGGAGGAGGAAGAGGAGGAGGAGGAGGAAGGGGUGGCGGCGGCGGAGAGAAGGAAGGAAGCAAGCAAGCCAGGCAGGCAGGCAGGCAGGAACUGGCGGCAGGCUCGGCACCCGCAGGCAGCAUCAUCAGCAUUAGCCGAGGCGUCUCGGGGCUCUGGCUGUGCGGGAGGGGACUUGGGUGCCCCCGGGCCGGAUCCCCGCUCCUGCCCGCUUCCCCGGGAGGCGCUGAGCCAGGCCCCCCCCCCUCCGGCCCUAGAGCCCCCCUCCUCCUCCCUCCUCCUCCUCUUCCUCCCCCGGCCCUCCUCAACGUCGCCGCCUUUCUGCAGCGGACGCCAAGCCGGGAAGGGAAGGAAAUUUGCUCCAUCUCCAGCAGCAACCACUGCUCCUUUUGAUGUUGUGGUCCGCCGUGCGCAUGCGCCCCACAUUAGAAUUACUGCACUGGCUCGACUAAGUUGGAUCUCUCCUUCGCUUCCACGGAAACCUUAAAACCAGAUCAAAAGCUAAAGGGAUGCUGAGAGUCCGGAAAAAAGGCGGCUUUGGGAUUUGGUCGUUGCCCUUAAUCAUCACCGUGGUGUGUGCCCAGAGCGCGAAUGAUCCCAGCAAUAUGUCCCUGGUCAAAGAGACCGUGGAUCGGCUCCUGAAAGGCUACGACAUUCGGUUGAGGCCAGAUUUUGGAGGUCCCCCGGUGGCUGUGGGCAUGAACAUAGACAUUGCCAGUAUCGACAUGGUAUCCGAGGUCAAUAUGGACUAUACCUUGACAAUGUACUUUCAGCAAGCAUGGAGGGAUAAGAGGCUUUCGUAUAACGUAAUACCUUUAAAUCUUACACUGGACAAUAGAGUAGCAGAUCAGCUUUGGGUGCCUGAUACCUACUUCCUGAAUGAUAAGAAGUCAUUUGUACAUGGUGUCACUGUGAAGAACAGGAUGAUUCGCUUACAUCCAGAUGGGACAGUUCUCUAUGGCCUCAGAAUUACAACAACUGCUGCAUGCAUGAUGGACCUGCGAAGAUAUCCAUUGGAUGAACAGAACUGCACUCUAGAGAUAGAGAGUUAUGGCUACACAACAGAUGAUAUUGAAUUUUACUGGCGUGGAGGAGACAAUGCAGUUACAGGAGUGACAAAGAUUGAACUUCCACAGUUUUCCAUUGUUGAAUACAAACUGAUCACCAAGAAAGUUGUUUUCUCAACAGGUUCCUACCCAAGGCUAUCCCUCAGUUUUAAACUUAAGAGAAAUAUUGGCUACUUCAUUCUGCAGACAUAUAUGCCUUCCAUUUUGAUCACUAUUCUUUCAUGGGUUUCAUUCUGGAUUAAUUAUGAUGCAUCUGCUGCAAGAGUGGCUUUAGGGAUCACAACGGUGCUCACAAUGACAACCAUCAAUACUCAUCUGCGAGAAACACUGCCCAAAAUUCCCUAUGUGAAAGCCAUUGACAUGUAUCUGAUGGGAUGUUUUGUCUUUGUGUUCAUGGCCCUCCUUGAGUAUGCAUUGGUCAACUACAUCUUCUUUGGCAGAGGACCACAGCGUCAGAAGAAAGCAGCAGAAAGAGCUGCCAGUGCUAACAAUGAAAAACUACGAAUGGAUGUCAAUAAGAUCUUUUAUAAAGAUAUAAAACAAAAUGGGACCGAAUUGCGAUCCCUGGAUCCCACUGGAAAUCUCUCCCCAACUAGAUGGACUGCCACUUACGAUUACCCUCUUAAUACGGACAGAAGAAUAAUUGGCACAUAUCAUUGUCCAGAAAUGUAUUCAACAAAGAUGGAUCCGCAUGAAAACAUUCUGUUGAGCACACUUGAAAUUAAAAAUGAGAUGGCUGCCUCUGAAGCUGUUAUAGGCCUUGGGGACCCUAGAAGCACUAUGCUGGCCUAUGAUACCUCAAGUAUCCAAUACCGGAAGGCUGGUUUACCAAGACACAGCUUUGGCCGUAACGCCCUGGAGCGGCACGUGGCACAAAAGAAAAGCCGGCUACGAAGACGUGCCUCUCAGUUGAAAAUUACUAUCCCUGACUUGACUGAUGUAAAUGCCAUAGAUCGAUGGUCCCGCAUAUUCUUUCCUGUUGUUUUUUCCUUCUUCAAUAUUGUCUAUUGGCUUUAUUAUGUGAACUAAAAAAAAAACCCGAAGCCACACAGAUAUCAAGGACUGGAUUUCUCUUCAAAAUCGGUUGUACAGCCAAAUGUGGGACUUGGGGAGAACAAAAACCUAUUCAGGACAAAAGUUACUUUAAAACACCUUAGUUGCUGGCCCAUUAUAUAAUCUAUUUUGUAAUGUUUGGGUUUUCUUGCAAAUGAGCGAAAUAUACACAUUCUAGUAUAAAUGACGCAACACAACAUUUAAAGUGAUAAUUGUGUUUGAUGUUUGGAGACAGAAUUUAAAACUUGAACCUUUAUUUUUUUUACAUUUUUUUAUUUUAGCAUCAAUAUGUUUAAAAGAAAAAAAAGAAGCUAUAGAAAAAAAAGGUUUGAGUUCUGAUAGCAGCGCUGCAUGUCUCUCUUCAUAUCUGAAUAUACAAAGCUUAAUGGAAUGGAGGGAGAAUACUAAUGUUAUAAUUCUUACAACCCAAAUCAUUAUCCCAACAUUACUUUUUCAGGACAUUCACUUGAAAAUAAGUAGUGCCUACCAUCAUACCAUGAAAAUGAGUUUUCCAAAGUAGAUCAUGUUACUUAUGAGGAGAAUGGAAGUAUUAUGUGAAAGAGAAAUCUUGAAUUAACAGAGCACAAUAGUUGGAUAACACUGAUCCACAGAGUUGUUGGGGAGAUGCCCAAGUAUGUGUGCCUCAUUUAAUGUCUGUGUGUAAAGUGCCAAAUGUCAGGGGGCCAGUAGUGAUUUCAUAGGUGGCUUUCUCUUGGUGCUCUGUCCCUCCGUGUGGGAGAAAAACAGUGGCAAAUGUUUUCAGAAGUAUUAGUCAUGGAAAGGCUACACAUAUUGUAAAAACAAUUGGUAUCAGUUUGCCUAUUAGUUUAUACACUUAUGGGUUCUUAAUUAGUUUUGAUAUUAUUUCCUUUCCACAUCAAAGAGAUAGGAUAGAACCAAAUUUCUGCUGUUUUAACAACAUAUAUAUUUCAAAGAAACACUGCCCUUUUAGUACAGAGUUGGGUUGCUUUUUAAAUCUAAUUUCACUACAUUUGAUUUUAGAAGUGUUUCUUUUUUAUUUGGAAAAUAUUUGGAAAAAAUGCCUAAAAGAGCAGGAGAGAGAGAUGGAAAAUUUCCUCUAUGUACAAAGUCUUAGAAUUGCCUGUUCUUUUCUUUUUCUCAUGCAACUCAACAAUUCCACAGUCCUGAGUCCCUGGGACAAAAUCAAGGGGGUUUUAAAUAAAUAUUUAAGAUUCUAUGUUUUUUUAGAAAUUAUACAAUAUCAUUUCACCUAUUCCAAUCAGCUCACUGAAAUUUGUGUAGGAUUCAGGAUAGUCCCUGCUACCCAUGUAGAAGAGCUUCUUUUCUGAAGCACAAAUCAGUGUGUGAUUGUUCCUUUGCACAGUAUUUUUGCACAGAGUAUUCAUGCCUGGAUUUUUGAUACCACAGAUUUGUGGAAGGACUUCCCAUGUGCACUUGGGCAGGGUUCGUUUAAUAAAUCAGAGCAUCAUUUGUUCCUCUUAUGAUAUUGUCGUCAAGCAGACAAGGAGAAUCCUAAAAGGCCCUUUGCUUAGGGUAUCUUUUGUGACAAAUGAGGUUAGUUGCACUCUAUUCAUAGUUCAUUUCAUUUCUUCCUUUGCACAAAUAAGCAGCCCAUUAAUUUGAGAGAAACGAUGCUUUAUAAAUGUGAAAAAUAUCCAUGCUAUAAAUAUUCCCUGGGAUUUAUAGGCCUCAAAAGAAAGUAUUUUGUUGUUUUUCUCUUCUCAAGUUGGUUCAACAGGUCAGCUAUAAUGAAAACUAUUAAAUCAGUUCCUAGUACUGCACUUUAAGAUAUCUGGAGGUUUACAGUAUAAGCCAUAACAUUUUCUGACCUUGCCAAUAAGAGGAUGAUUUUUUUCCAGGAAAUUGGGGGGGGGGGGGCACAAAAUAAGUGCACAGUCGCCUCCACGAGGUCCUUUUAAUUGUUAAGGAGGAACCACUUCCAGAAAUAGAUGGGAUGGCAUGCUUCUGAGCUAAUUAAUUCAACAUAUUACGAAAUGUGUAGACUAAAAUAAGAUUUUAAGAAGUGAAGGACCAUGGUACAAAGCAAAACACAACAAAAGACUGUUUUUCUCCUCUGUAGUGCCAAUGCGUGGUAAAGAAAGAUAAAAGUAUUACAUGCUUUAUUACAGAAAGGAAAUUUAAAUAAGCCGUUACCUUUGAAUUGAGCAGAAUUAUGCUCUUGCUUUUUAAAAAAGUUUGAAUCACAUUUCAUGUAAUAAUUAUUCCUUUUUUUCAGGUUUCAGGAUGCAUACUAGCCAGCAAUUAAGGUGUUUUCUCUUCAUCUUUGUGAAAUUCAUGGCAAAAUUACAAGUAUAUAAUACGGCACAGUUUUAACAAUAUCUUUGCAAUCAAUGCUCUGUAAAUAUGUUCUGUAUAUGACUGCUACUAAGUCUAAUAUGCAUUUUCCAAACUGAAAAUUCAUGCAGCAUAUUUGUGUUUGCCUAAGGAAUGUUAUGUUUCUAUACUAUUGCAGUUUUAAUGACUGGGAAGAAAGAACCAAGCAAUGUCAUUCUGAAUAUUUUCUGUUAUCAUCCCCAGAGGGAAGCAAAGUCUUGAACAAUAGCACUGAAGGGGACACCUGAUAAUUUUUAUACUCUAAUAUAUUAAAAAAAGAAAAAAGAAACUUAGAUUCUGCCAGACAAAAGCACAAUGCAUAGAAUACAUGAGAGCAAGUGCAUAUAGAUAGAUAAAUACAUAGAUAGAUAUAUCUGGGGAACAAAUCCCAUUUAAGUUUAGGUAAAAUGUACAUUAGAAGUACAACUCAAUUCUUUCCUUUUUUUAAAAAAAAGUAAACCUGUGUUCCAAUUGCAUAUUUAACAAAGUUAAUGUAAGUGAAGAAGGCAAAACACUGAACAUUAUCAAAGGUUAUGGUGAGUAUACAGACACAUAUUUUAAUAUAUGUAUGUAUAUUCCUCUGUGGAUAUAUAUGUGUGUGUAUGAGUAUGUAAGCAUGUAAUUACACAUACAUUCACACACAUACAUACAUGCACAUAUAUAUGCACACAGAGAGAAAGGCAUGCUGGUUCAGUGAUAGGAGUCCAUGGUGGAAAGGAGUUUCUUCCCAUAGAUGUGCUACAAUAGGGUACAGAGAUAUUGCUGGGACAUUUUCGCAAGAUGGGCGCAGGGGAUAGUAUCCAAAUGUUCAGCACUCUUUACAACCUCUCAUUGAGUUCUUGGAGUGCAGCCUAUACCUUCUGUUGCGUAACUGCAGUGAUAGGCAUUAAAUAAGGAGUGAGUGAGCUUCUGGAUGUGGGAGAAGUGGUCAGUGAAGGACUCCAACAUGUCUCCACCCCCAUCUAAAAGGACUAGAGGUACGGAGGGGGGUUCUUCAUGGGGCCAAACUGAUCUAGGAAAAGAAGACAAUGUAGUCUGAAGUAAGCGUUCAAUCUCUAGUCUUGGUCUCCUGAAACAUCAUCACAACUGAGACUGAGUGACUGCUGCCGUGUUCUCCAGGCCAGCUUUUCCUUUGGUACUGCAAGUAUGGGGCCUUCUAUGGUGCUUGUGGUUAUCUGGAUUUGGGCUAGAAUCUUACAUUGGUGUUUUCAAAGGAAUAAGCUAAUAACAAUUUUGUUUCUAUAAUCAAUUGAUAUGUGAAUAUUUUUGAGAAAGCAAAAUUAUUAAUGUAUUUAAAAUCUUACUAUACAGGGUAACCGGGCAUUUCUAUAUCAGCAGAUCAAUGCAUAUAAUUCUUACGGAGCAUUUCACAGUUGACAUUUAUGAUAGUACUGUAUCUCCUCGCAUCUCAAGGUAGUCUAGCUCUCACAUUGCUUGCCUAUUUCUUCUCUUUUUUAAAAAUAAAAAUAUUGUCCACUAGUAACUUUUUAAAAGGUCCUAAUACCAGGGGUGGGGGAGCAAAAAAUAUGACUAUUUCUAUGGGGGGGAAAACAGACAGGAAGGCCAGGGUAAAAUACUUUAAAAUGUAGUGAACAUAACAUUUUGCUAUCUGUACAUAGAACAUAUAAUGUGAGCAAUCAUAAUUUAAACCGAACAUGUGUAAAUAUUAUCAGAUUUCUUAACAUUUUUAACUUCUAAUUUGUACUUUAAUGUAAGGCAAAAGCUGAUUCUAUUUAUGGUUUAGGUUAGUGUCCUAAAAAUAAUGUAAAUAUUUAAAUAAGCUGUAAAUGAGCAGUCAGUAGAAACAGUAAUUGUUCAGUGAUUAUUAUUUUUUUUACUAUAAUUGCAGUUCUCUAUCAGAAUAAUUUAAACACCCUUUUGCAUAAGACUUGGAUUCCAGAAAUGAAUUUUACUGUACCAGUCCAUGGAAAAUGUGGCAUUGUAACACGCAGUAUGCAACUGUUAUCAGUUUAGCCAGUUCAUUUGCACAGUAUGUAUAUGAGGAGGGAGGGGGGAGGGAGGGAAGAUAGAGGGGGGCAAGCUACUGAAGAUUGUCCAUUAGCACAUCCACCUAGUGGCUGUGGCACAUGUGGAGGCUCAGAGAUAUGCAUGCAUUUCAGAGCAGGAGCAUGCACUUAUAGCAUUAGCAGUCCUGAAAUCUGUCCAUGGAGAAGAAGUCACACUCAAGGCUUUUCUUGGCACUAAAGAAAAUGGGGCACCAUUCCGAUCAACUGGUUUGAACUGUAGCUCCAUAUAGCCUCCAAUUGUCUAAUCUAAGAUUUUGUAGAUACACCUUCUGAAACACAAAAAAUGUUGAGGUUAAUUUGCACUAUGGUCCUCAAAGCACGGAGCUGGUACACUUCCACAUUAGUAAGAAGAGGUUAAUUAAACAUGAUGUUCAUUUAGAUUUGUGGUUCCCAACCUUUGGUCCUCCAAGUGUGUUGGACUUCAAAUCCCAGAAAUCCCAGCCAGUUUGCCAGCUGUUAGGAAUUGUGGGAGCUGAAGUCCAAAACACCUGAAGGACCAAAAAUUGGGAACCACUUUAGGUAGGAUGAGGGCAACUUGGGACAGUGAUACUUCUGACCCCAAGCUGAAGACACCUCUGGACAGAAGGCAUACCUCUCCUCUGUGCCCUCAAAAUCAUCUAUGAUUUAGCAUGGGGAAGGGAAAAGUGUGGGUCUCCAUAUUUUGUUGGAUGAAAACUCCCAUUAUCCCAAUGACUGUGCCAGUUAGAUAUAAUGCGAGUCCCACAUCUAAAGGCCAACAUUCGUCCAAUUCAUAGUUGAAGACAUGUCUGUUUUGUGUCUGUUCAUCAUGACACAGAAGGGAAGUUCAUAUUCCUUAUUGUAGGGAAAUUGAAGGUGAGGGAUCUGGACAACAUGGAAAGUAGAAAGACAAUGCAUGAUCUAACAUGAGCCUCAGUAGACCGAUGCUCAUGUGAUUGGUUUAUAUUAAAGAGUUUGUCAUAAGCCUUGUGCCCUUUCAUCAUUCUCCAAAACAAGAGUCAUUCAGACAAUAAAUCUUGAAACUAAAAAGCAGAAAUUCAGAAAGAUAAUGUAAAGCUGUCUAUUCCUCUUCAGCCCAGCCCAACCCCAAUGCCAAAGAAACUUUACUUUAGAAAUGUACUAAAAGGGAACACUAUCAAGACACUGCUUAACACCAAAGGUAAAAAAAAAAGUUUAACAAAAUGCACUAGGAAACAUUUGUCAGAAUUUUUGAGGAAUAAAUGGAAUGUCAAUGAAUCACUACCAUGUUCUAUCUUACAUAAGUUGUAUCUCUAUUCCAUUUUAAUUGAUUAAUGAUAAAUUGAAAUGGAUCAUCUUUGUAGGUUAUAUGCAACACAUUUCUUAUGUGUCAGAUUAUUUGUUUAAGUGCUUUGCUAAUGAAUACACAUAUUCAUUUUGAAACGUUGAAAAAUCUUAGCUACAGUUUGAUAUUUGUUUGGGGAGUUAAUUUAUUUUUCUUAAAUGUUUUCCUUGUCACUGAAAUGAUCUAAUUCAGAGUGAUCAUUUAUAUGUUUGCAUUAUUAAUGACAUUUAAGAAAACUUCAGCAAGAGUUAUAUUUAAGAACCAUUGUAUAGUUUCAGUUAGUUAACAUAAAUUUCCAAGAAUUCUAUCAAUUUGACACAUUUAGUUUUCUCAUUUUUUUUAUUUGCAUGGGUGUUUAAAUGGUUCUGUUAGUACUGUCUUUGCACCGUUCUUCUUUAUCUCUCUUUAUCUUUUUUUUACUUAGUACUAUUUACUUCAUAAUGUAGUAAUCAUCGGCCUUACUAAUGACCUUGUAGCCUUUCUAAUAUGCACAUAAUGCACAUUUUCCAAUGACUAGAAAAUGCAAAAUAUUAGUGGAUCUCAUUGCAUCAGAUUUUCAUGUUUUUCUCAAAAGGACUGCUAACCUCUGGGAUAAUGGAGGUCGUAAAAUGAUGAUUGUAAAUUGAGUAGCACAUAAGAGAUAUUUUCUUGAAUCUAAAGUUAUUACAGCCAGUUUCAGCAUGUAAAUAUAUAAUGUUGGCUAGUGUGUAAUUCUUAAAACUAAAAAAUAUAAAUAAAGAAAAUAUAAAAUAA